AUGAAUAUCAACGACCCGUUGCAAGGAGCAGUACUCGCUCUUCCAUUCACCAAAGCGGCCGAUCCCUCUCGACGUGAAGAGGUACACGCAGACGACAGCGCUCAGCGCAUCCCAUUCGUUCGACGACUGCCCAAUGGAGUUCGAAACCAUUUCAUCGCCGUGUGCGGUGAAUACGUGGGCACUGUGCUCUUCCUCUUCUUCGCCCUGGGAGGAACACAAGUUGCGAAUAACAUUCCCUCGUCGGCGGGCUUGACCAUUGCGGAGACUGGUAGCAAUCCACAACAGCUACAAUACAUUGCAUUGUGUUUUGGAUUCUCGCUGGCGGUCAAUGCUUGGGUCUUUUUCCGUAUUUCUGGUGGACUCUUCAAUCCUGCCGUCACCGUUGGCAUGUGCCUUGUCGGUGCCGUUCCCUGGUUUCGUGGUAUUUUGCUGUUCGUUGCUCAAAUUCUUGGUGGCAUGACUGCUGCAGCACUCAUCUCCUGCAUGUUCCCAGGACCGCUGACGGUACAAACAACACUUGGUGGAGGCACGACUGUCGUGCAAGGACUCUUCAUCGAGAUGUUCCUGACUGCUGAGCUUGUCUUUGCCAUCUUCAUGUUGGCUGCCGAGAAGCACAGAGCGACCUUUAUUGCACCUGUUGGCAUUGGUCUCUCUUUGUUCAUUGCCGAGCUGGUUGGCGUGUACUUCACCGGCGGCAGUUUGAACCCUGCGCGAUCGUUUGGGCCAGCACUCGUCAACCGUAACUUUCAUGGCUAUCACUGGAUCUACUGGGUCGGCCCCAUGCUGGGAUCCGUUCUCGCAGCCGGUUUCUACAAAUUCAUCAAAGCCCUCGAAUACGAAACUGCCAACCCCGACCAAGACUCCGACGAUCUCACACACAUCGAGAUCAAACGCGCUCACAGCGAUGGAUCCCACUCAUCCCCGUCAUCGCCUUCAACUUACAAGCCGUCAUCACCAUCGACUUACAAGCCGUCCGAGGCCACGAAUGGCAACAACCACACAAUCCCAUUCGCCCCCAGCGCCAUGGCGACAGGAAAUGCCGCAGCUUCGAGCCACUCCUAUCAAGACUUUGCAAACACGGGCUUUAACAGACCCGCAGUGGACAGCCCCGAACCCGUCCGAAACGCGAGUUUCAACAGAGCGUCUAUCAGUCCGCCCAUGGUCAUACCUACCCAGGUCUUUGCGACCGAGGAGAGGGGCAAUACUACGUAUGCACCUGGAGUCCAGCCGGCUACAGAUAGUAAUGUGAGACGAUUGAAUCGGGGAGCGAGUUAUGUUGCGUAAGAAAUGAGAUAUCGACAGUAUGAGACAAAUAACAGAUAUGAGGAGACGAUUUUUUUUGGCUUUUUUGGUUAUGAAGGCAUGGCAUGGUAUACAAAAGGGCAUAUGGCAAUAGCGUUCUGAGCGUUUCUUCUUUUUUUCUGAAUUGAGCGUCUAUUUUUUCGAUGACGAGAAACAUGGAUAGCAUAAUAAUGAGAAACGAAAA